UUGAUGAUAGAUGAUCACAGCUCUAUCUUCUUCGCGUACACACAUCUCAUUCUGAAAUCCAUUUCUGCUUUCUUACACUUCCCUGAUUAAAUCAUAUCGUAUCAUAUCAACAUCGAGAGUCAUAUUCAAUAUUCGGUUGCAUCGUAUUGGCCUUCACCGAGAAAAAACAAUUAUAAGAAAUUGUUGGGUUUCAAUUAGCCGAUCCCUGAAGGCGAUCUGUCAUUUAUAUGAUGUACAACAAGAUAAAUAAGCAAGAAGGCCAGCCAGAGCCCGUGGAUGAUAAAGUUGCUCCGAAGAUGUUCAGCACGAUUGCUAACCAGAUCCGGAUCCCUGUAAAGCAAGAAGGCCAGCCAACUUGGAGUCGCCACGUAGAACGUUGCGCGGGUUACGCGCGGGAGGUGUCGAUGACUCGAUAUGCAGUUGGAUAGUUUCUGUCUUCUACAUACGUUCACGUCGGCUGCAAGGAGGCGAAAUAUUGCGUCCGUCAGAUUUCCCUCUUUCGAUUGGAUUUUGUUGAGUUCUUAGACCAUUUCACAUCCUUUUUCUUUCAAUAUCUGUCAAUAAUUGUUAGGGCAGAUUUCUCCUUUUCCCUCUUCUGAUCGAAGUUCUUUAAUUCAAUGCUCCUCGAUGCCGUCUUCCAGAGGAAGUGACUGACUGGACGAGAAGGCCGUCAAUCGUGGUCAUCUCCUGUUUGAAGUUCUAAUCCUUCUUCGACUUACAUGUGGAAAUUCCUUGCCGACGGUCUUUGUAAUUUAUUAACUGGCUCAUGAUUAUCCUUUUAGCUGCCCCCCCAGAAAAUUGGCUGGAUUUCAAACAUUGGAUAUGUGUCUAAAUUGCCCUACCUAAAUUGUUAAACGACGUCUUAAACCGGACGUCGGUCGGCGGAGGCUUCUGCCGGACUCCAGAACAUUAAGACGCUUUCGUCUUCUCGGACAAAGGAAGAGCUGAUUCACCCAUCUCUUUCGUUCUAAAAGCUAAUUUGCAAAUGGAGAACGAGUCGUCGUUCGAACGGUUCGCUCUGUCUGUUAUGGGCCUAUGGCCGUCCUUAAUACAGUAGUAUUAUGUGAUGUUUCCGCAUCAGGCACCGGCGCUUAUUUGGGUUGGAGGCGUCAGGUCGACCUCUCAUGCGCAGGAUGGUCUUUCGGAGCGAUCUGGAUGCUUUUUUUUUUUUUUUGCCUUUUUCACAUUCAGAGAUUCGUCUUAAACACCAUCAGAAAUGGCAAAUUUCCAGCUCGGUGAUCUUGUAAUUCGUGAUGCCUCUCUGCCCAUGGCGACUUGAGCUGGUCCGCUUCUCUUUGUACGCAAUAACACAGGCGUUUCUUCUUUUCAGGCAGAAGCUUUUGGCACGCAAGCUAGGUUAGGCCGAACCCUUCCAAUCUGUGCCAACUGGCCAGUGAAACAGGAGUCUUGUUGGAGAGUCGAGCGAUUUCAUUAAUGUGUUGCUGUCGGCACAAAGUUGGUUGAGCGGAAUUAGGAGACUCGACAGGCUCCUCCUCUCUUUUUUAUAGCAAACUUUUUCCUGCUAUCCAUUAGAACGAAAUACCUUUUCUGACCCCUUGUUUACGAGAGCAACAUUUCAUGAAGAUGUUUAGCGUCGGCAAGUAAUUAGUUUCGGACUUCUCAAGAUUUUGUCACGGAAAUGCUGAAGGCGGACAAAGGAUAUCCGCUUUUCCAUGGUAUCCUGUUGGUAGACAUAUAAAAGAACGUCAGCACGGGCCGCUUUUCCCGGGUUACUGUUCCUCAUUUCUCCCGGGCGUGAAGAACGAGGGCACUCUGGUAACUUUAUCCUCUUAGAAAUGUUCAUUGCUGGUGGCCCGUCCUGAUGCGGUAGUAGAGCCGUUGCUUUCGGCCGGGGUGGAGAUGUUGAGUCCUCGUCGUCCUUUCUGAGUUUGAAAAUCUGAUUAGAUCCGCCAUAAUGUUAAUGUUCUUAUUUUAUUUUCCUCUUUCAAUUGUUUCUUAACUACCUCCCUAUUCUUGGCUUAUUAGCAUCAUUAAUUGAAUUGCAUGGAGUGAGGACGUUCAGCUUUCUGCUCUAUCGAGAUAGAAGAGUUGCAGCUGUGUUGAUAUGAUGUUGCCGUUGAAGCAUGUCUCUUUUUCUAUCUUUCUCGGGCUCUGCUUCCAGGUCACUCUAGGUUCCUUCAUCUCAUCAGCAAACAGUACUGGUGAACUGUCAGCAAGCUCAAGCAAUGAUAGCUCCACAUGCUCAUGUACUUCGGGAGGUUCUGGGACUGAGGGCUAUCCGCUUGCUGCUAAUUGUUCCGCUUUCUGCAAUUGCAAACCAGGAGAAGUGGCAAACGCGAAUGGUGUAAAAAGCUGGACAUGCAGUUGUGCUUCUGAUGGUGUUGCUAGACCAUUAUAUAUUAACAAUGCUGGGUGUUUUUCUUCAUGCAACUGUACAUUCAGUAAGGUUCCUGAUCUUGAAGGAGCUGCAGAACCUGGCAAGUCAGAAUCAUCGUCAAAGCAAAUUUCCAGCAAAGCAGUUGUAUAUACUCUCUUAGCAUGCAUCCUACUUACAACCAUAGUAUUGCUUGCGUCUAUCAUUUGCUGUUUAUCUAGAAAGGAAAUAUUUCCUGUACAGUCAUCGAUAUUUUCAGUGGGAAGUGAAGCAAGUGUUAACAGUUCUAGCAACCUAAUAAGCCACAGACCAACUUCACUAAAAGAAUCCCGGGCAACAAAGCAGUCCUAUUUCAACUUAACAAAAGGAUGGUUAUGGAUGAAACAUUAUAUGCGCACGGUGAAAAAAGACCGGAUUCCUGGGUCCAUCAUCCAAUUCACUUAUGCAGAGUUGGAUCGUGCAACCAACAAGUUUUCAAACUCUAACCUUAUCGGUAUUGGUGAAAGUUGCAAUGUCUACCAUGGACAACUGAAGGAUGGGAGAGAUGUUGCUGUUAAGAGAUUGGAAGUUCGAAAAGGUUCAGAUGCUGAUAUUGAAUUUCUUACUGAGGUUGAGAUGAUAGCAAGACUGAACCACUUCAAUAUUGUGCCUUUGCUUGGUUACUGUUCUGUUUCUCAAGGGAAAUAUUGUGAACGUCUUCAAAUAUUUGAGUACAUGCCAAAUGGUAAUCUUCGGUGCCAUUUAGAUGCAAAACAGAAGGAACCACUAGAUUGGGCCACACGUGUUGGUAUUGCAAUUGGGGCUGCAAAAGGAUUGGAGUAUCUCCAUGAAGCUGCUGCUCCUAGGAUCCUACAUAGAGACGUCAAAUCCAGCAACAUUCUUUUGGACAGCAAUUGGAGGGCCAAGAUAAGUGAUCUUGGGAUGGCUAAACGAAUUGCUAAUGAUGAUCAACCCAGCUGUCCUAGUUCUCCAGCUCGGAUGCUUGGGACUUUUGGAUAUUUUGCUCCAGAGUAUGCAAUCACUGGUAGAGCAUCACUAAAAUCAGAUGUUUUCAGUUUUGGUGUUGUUCUCCUUGAGUUAAUAAGUGGUCGCCCACCAAUUAUUCUGUCAGCCAAGAAGGGUCAAGAGAGCCUUGUGAUGUGGGCCUUAUCUUUACUGAAGGACAGCAAACACGUGGUAAAGGCGCUAACUGACCCUCUGCUUGAAGGAAAAUUUCCAGAAGUGGAAGUACUUGUGAUGUCUCAGUUGGCACGAGAAUGCCUCAACUUUGAUCCAGAUCUAAGACCUACAAUGGCUGAAGUUGUCCAGAUCCUCUCUACCAUUACUCCUGAUAAGAGAACGAGAAAAUUUUCACUACAGUUCAUGCAGGGUUCUUGGACUGAUAAGGAACUUCGUGGAUAUGGUUCUGAUUCCGGAAGAACAGAGAAACAGGAACCACAAGUCAUUCAUGACACCUCCGUCUCCGGAGUUAAUGCAGAGGUUCAUGGGGCUUCACACCAAUGGACAGGGUUGCGCUGUCCACCGCUGGAGCUUGACAUGCGUCAAUUUACAACGAAACAGGGGAGCAGGUCUGAGGUCCCAUCUAUGGGGCACGUUGGCCAAUUGGCACUCCUAACCUCCAAAUCCCGGAGUUGGCGGUCCAUUGAUGAGGAAGAAGCUUCAUCAGUGGACCUGAUGGAGCCUCGGCUCGAGAAGUUUUGGGAAAGCAAUUUGCAUUGUUUGUGAUGAGAAAGCAUCUGCAUCAGGGAUCCUACGAAAUUGGCUUUGAGGAAUGUACAGUGUAAAGGCACGAAGGAAUGAAUCUCCACGCAGAGUCGAGCUUAGUUUAUGCGGGUUUAAAGGUGUUGUAGAUAAUUCUUGGUCGUUGGUUUUGUCUUUCUGUUCUUUUCUUUUUUCCUUUUUACAAACUUCAUCCUUCGGCCAUUGCUUUUUUUGUAGGAUUCAUAGACGAAUCCCCUUCUUAUCAUUUCUGUCAUCAACCCAAUCAUCGGAGGCCAUUUUGAAAGUUUGCAAUCCUUUGGUUAAAUGGGUAAAGAGUUGCAUUGAUUCUA